AUGUCGACAAAUGCCUCCAAAGCGACGACUGAACUAGAUGGCGCAGCGAAUGCCAACUCAUCGAACUUCAAAAACUCAGGACUGUUCAAAAGCCUGAACCAAGUGCUCGAAGACCUGAAGCGGCGCCCUGAAGGAUUCGACCCAGCUGACGCCUCGCACCGUGUUCUCGAGGUCGCCCAAUCUUUUCUUUGUGGAUAUGCGUCGCCGCACACGACACGAGCAUGGGCCGACCUGAUGGAGGAGAUUAUUCCCCUCACAGAGGGUCUGCUUGCCCUUAUCCAGAUGAUGUUUGCAACUCAGUCGCCGAGCAUUUACCACUACAUGCGCGACUCCGUCAAAAUCGUCUUCUGUAGACUGGUGGAUAUUGGGUACACGUUGGGACUUUGGAUGGACGUGGUCGAACCGGACGACGAGAUCCAACCUUCACCAGGCAAAUUGAGAAACAGUGUACUGGAGGUGUUGGCGGAAGUGCUUUCAGGGCUCCCAAAGCCCUUCCCUCGUCUCCCAGCCCCGGCUCGUUCAAUCUCUUCAGACCAAUUUGCCGAAGCGCAGAAAUUCCAGAACCCAGAGGCCCUAAAGGUACUGCGAGAGAUGGUGAAUGAGGUUGUGGAAUUGACCGAUAUCGUCCAGCUUUAUCUUGGAACGGAGCGCAGACUCCUUGUCGAAUCCGCGAGACGGGUAUUCGACUACAUUCUGAGCCCAUCAUGUCACUUCACCAACGACAGGCGGAUACGAUGGCUUGGAAAACUUUUCCAGGUCGUUCUUGAAACGCUCAGCGACACAGGUCCUUUAUUUUCUUACAUGCAGGAGAGGCUCCUUCAUUCCCGGUAUGAUGGAACAAUCCACGGCAACACGACAACGUUGGAUGUCUUGUUGAAUCAAUCAUUUGACCGACCGUUUUCAACCGCCUCAAGAGCCGUCGUUUAUCAAGCCCUGGGUUGUCUAAACGCCAGUCCAAACGACGAACGAAACCCACAAGUCCAUACACUGGCAAUUUCGUACCUGAAGCAUUCGUUAUCCGGCAUCGACAAGGAGCUCCUUCCUCUGGUGCUGAAGCAUCUACAGGCCACCCUUGGCCAUGCAAUCGAACCUCCCAGAACGCUGAUCAAGGCUACCCAGCCGAAGCCAUCUGCAGGAUCAACUCAAGCGCGUAUGAACCUAAAGGACCACGUCUGGCGUCGCCAAGUGCAGGAGCUCGUGCAAGCCAUCAUCUCCCCAGACUCCAUAACAUGGAUGGAUGAUGAUUUCCGCCCUAACGAGCCUUACACUCUCCGACGGAUCCUUGCUGACGUUGCCGAAAGGUUCAGCAGGCCAUUGUCACAGGCCGACGACGAGUCGAGGAUUAAACUUGCCCGGAAUCUCGCAAAGUUGCCAUGCCUAUUAGUUGUAUGCACCGGGGAGAGUUGCACCACUUUCCGGAAUGCCAGCGGUCCCAGUUUAUUGGGGUUCUAUGUACCCAUUCUCCAGGCUCUGCUAGCUGGGCCUGCAGACGAGGUUACCCCAUCAGUGCGAAGAGAGGUGUAUAGUGUAUUGCUACCGGUCCUGAAGCACCGAAACGAAGAGGAGCCCGAUGAACCGGUAUUGGAGAUGAUCACCCGGGGUGUAACAGACGAUGACCGUGCGGUCCGCGUUCAAGCAGGUCUAACACUUCAAGCUGUUGUCGAGUUCUAUUCUGGAAAUACCUUGGCAUCCCGGCAGAACAUAGAGAACUUCUUCCACCGACUGUACCAGGUGUUCGAAGGGUGCAGGCAUUCUAUCAAGGAAACGCUGCUCAUUUCGGUCGGGUCUUUGGGAAAAACUGCCAAUCCCUUCAUCCUGGGUUCCACUCUGUGCCUAUUGAUCCUUCAGCUCGGCCAAAGCAAUCUCCUAUUACACAGCCUGGCAUGCACGCAGUUAUUGAAUAUCUCAAGGCAUCAUAAAAAGAGCAUCUACUCCCUCUUGUCACCACAUUUCGACAGAGUAGUGAAGAUCGUCUUUGAACGCCUUUCGACCCAGCCGACGUUGCUAACCGAGCUAUGUCGCCUGAUGCAACUGAAUAUCGAAGAGUUUAUCUCUAGGCAUCACGCCAAAGCAUUGCCCGACGUUCUCCUCAGAUGUGACAUGAAGGGAGUUGAUCUCAUCGCCCAUAGCCUAGGCAAGAAUCGCAGCACGACAAUCCUCGACUCUCUUGAUAAGAUCCUCGUCCCCAUCCUCCUACUGCCGACAGUUCCACAAACCAACAAAGCAGUCGCCUUCUUGAUCGGCAUCUUCAAUGAAGACUCACGAGACGCAAAGAUUAGUCUUCAGACCAUUCUCCCUGGACACACCACGUCGGUUUUGACGGAACUGGUUAUCAGAAUGGGGGUUGAUGACCCUCAGAGCAGGCACCAAGCGUUGAACGCUGUGAAGAAGGUUGAAACCGCCCUCCAAAAGGGGACAAUAUCUAUCAGCCAGAAGGCGAACCCAAGCGAGUUCCUUGCUACUCAGAUGCUUGGGAUCAUGUCGAAGAUUAUCGACACACUGCAAGAUGUUCAUGGAAAGAAAAGUGUGGAAGCAAAGGAGCAGAUCAUUCGCAGUAUCGGGGUUUUCAUCUCACUGGUGGGGCCUCCAAUCCACAGCCUCUCGUCUCAAAUUAUGGCGAUAUUCCAGACCUCAUUGUCUGUCGCAGAGCUCGCUGAAGUCACUUUAGAAAGCUGGCAUGAAUACCUCGUCACCAUUGACUCCAAGGACCUUGGCCCACACCUAGGAUCUACGUGCUCAGCAUUUGUGUCAGCGUGGCCCAACCUAAGCGACAGGGCCCGCAAGAUCAUCGUCGAAUCGUUGCAGCUGGCAUUCGGUCGCCUGAAAGAUGACCUUAUCCACUACCUCGACGACCUUCCUGAUCUAUCCAUCAUCGACGACUUGAAGCCUCUUCACUUUCACCUUUCCCAACUCCGCCACCCACUUCCCCCGCGCGACAGCCUCGAGAAGUUACUCGAUCGAUGUUCCAGCAGCAAUCUGACCAUCGCGACCCUUGCUCUCGAGGAACUGAAGCGAUUCAUGCAAACAGGAGACCCUGCGCUUUUGCAUGAGCUCUUGGAAGACGACAUGUUUGACCCAAUGAUUGGUCGCCUUAUCUCGACUGUUUAUUCCGCCGCUGCAAGAGAUGGUGACCUGACCGAGUCGUUGCGUCUGGUCGCCUACGAAUGCAUUGGUAUCCUUGGUGCCCUCGAUCCCUACCGAUUCCAACUCCCCGCUAGACGAGCAGAUACCAUUGUCCUCAGGAACUUUACCGACGAGAACGAGACGUACCAAUUCAUCAUCAACCUUAUCGAAGAACUGGUCGACGCCUUCCGAUCGACAAGCGACAUGAAAUUCCAAACCAACCUUGCGUAUCCAAUCCAGGAGCUCCUCAAGCUCUGUGGAUUUACCUCAGACCUCGUCAACUCGGGAAGAGCUGUCCCGCUGAGGACGCGGAAUCGCUGGGCGGGGCUGAAAAAGGAGGUGAUGAAUGCGGUGACGCCGUUGCUGGAAGGUCGCUUCUCCUUCUCUAACACUGUUCCCGCCGUCAAGCUUCCGGUCUACCCCACGCAAUCGACUUAUCGUGAAUGGCUCCAACUCUGGGUCACCCAUCUAAUCUCGAGGGUAUCUGGAGAUUCCGCUCGAAAAAUAUUUGGGGUGUUUCAGUCUGUGGUGCGCAGCAAGGACGUGGUUCUUGCCACUCACUUGCUGCCUCACUUGAUCCUCAACAUCCUCAUAUCGGGCGAGCCGGAUGACGCAGAGGACAUCCGCACGGAGAUCCGGAUUGUUCUGGAAGACCAAGUAGACCCGAGCAGCACAUCGACGCAUGACAAGAAGAUUCUCAGUGCACAGGCUAUAUUCACGCUCUUAGAUCAUCUGAACAGAUGGGCACAUAUCAUGAGGCGAGAGAUUACGACGAAACAGAAAAGCGAAACCAAGCGAGCGCGUGCCUCUGUUGCACUGGGAGAGAGUCAAGAACAACUCCUUCGACUGGAUUCCAUCCUGUCAAACUUGGAUAAACACUUGGUUGCAAAAGCUGCGUUCCAGUGCAAGGCCUAUGCGAGAGCCCUCAUGAACUUUGAGCAGCAGAUUCACGCUCUCAAGGAACUGGAUAACAACAAGAAUCUAGAGCCGUACUACGACACCAUCCACGAAAUAUACGCUCAUCUGGACCAGCCUGAUGGCAUGGAGGGCAUCACCGCGCUGAUUCAAUCGCCGUCUUUGGAGCACCAGAUUCGAGAGCAUGAAAGCAUUGGACAAUGGACGUCGGCUCAAAGUUGCUGGGAGGUACGACUGCAGGAGUCUCCCGAUAACCUGGAAUAUCACCAAGGUCUUCUUCGCUGCCUACGCAACCUAGGACAUUACGAUACCCUGCGCAAUCAUGUCAAAGGCAUACUAACCAGCCAUCCUGAAUGGCAGGCAGAUGUCAUCGAUUUCCACACGGAGACUCUGUUGAUGGUCGGAGCAUGGGACGACGUUGAAGCUCUCGUCAAUACAGCGGAUUCGACUUCGGUCCCUGUUAUGAUGGCAAAAGUUAUGCUUGCCAUGCGCAAAGGCGAUCCUCAAGCUAUAUCUGAUGCAUUGUCUCUCGCGCGUCUCACCCUCGGAGCCCCGAUAAGCGCAGCAGGCGUCAAUGGCUACGCUCGGUCAUACGAGGCAGCUCUCAGCCUUCACCAUCUCUACGAGUUGGAAUUGAUACACAACACCACGAGAAAUCUACCAUCGUCAUCCACGCGUCGAAAACAAGCGUUGACGCGGUUAUCUUCAAUCCUUGCGGACCGAUUGGAAAAUGUGCUCCCGACAUUCCGAAACCUCGAACCCAUUCUGAGUACACGUAGGAUUGGCUUCUCCCUCAUGCCAGGGACAAGCCCAGAUCUCGUGAAAGAGGUGGGGAAAGCGUGGUUGUCGAGUGCCAAAGUCGCUCGCAAGGCUGGCCAUUGGCCGACGGCGUAUAGUGCCAUAUUGCAAGCGCGACAAAGCGGGACCCCUCUCUGGUUCCUCGAGAGCGCGAAACUUAUGAAAGCCUCCGGUGACUUUAUAAUGAAGGCUGUCCGCGAAUUGGAAAGCCACAUGCAAUCGCUUGGUCUGAUAUCCAGCGGAAAUGUGCUUGACCUUACUCUCGACGACGAGGUCGUGAACACGAAACACAAGCUUUUCCUGUGGCGCGCGCGGUGGAUGAGUGAAUCGGGAAGAUUCGAUGGCACCCCUCUCCUAGAGGCAUUCAAACGGGCGACAGAGUUGGACAAGAGAUGGGAAAGCUCCCACUUCUACUUUGGUAAUUUCUAUGAUGCUUCUGCAAAGGACCUCAAGCCCACCGACGCAAGACGGCUGAAGAUGAAUAUGCACAUGCUCAGAAACUAUUCUCGCGCAACCCGUUAUGGAACAAAGUUCAUCUAUCAAACCAUCCCUCGCUUGCUGACUGUCUGGCUCGACAAUGGAGAAGAUAAGAAUAUAUUUGGAACUGACGUGUUUAACAAGAUGAACGAAGUGGUGGCUUCGGCCAUCAAAGAUAUACCAGCCUACAAGUGGUUUACUGCCUUCCCUCAAAUUGUUUCUCGCGUUUGUCAUCCCGUGGACAAGGUCUACAACUUGGUGUCCCAAUUGAUUGUCUCGAUCAUCCAAGAAUACCCCGACCAGGCGCUAUGGCUGUUUGCAGGCGUCAUCAAAUCGACAAAGCACAAUCGGUUGACUCGGGGCAGGGUCAUAUUGGAGAAAGCAAAGAGUUCUCCAUCAAGUUCGGCGAGAAUCUCAAGGCUCAUUUCCGAUUUGCACGUCAUGGCCAAUGAAAUGCUAGCCCUGUGCGAAUACCCCGUCUCAAAAGAGCACAGUCUUUCUAUGCCCAAGUUGUUUCCCCGUCUGAAGGCAAUAGGGGAAUGUUCGCUCCUGAUUCCCUUGCUGGUGUCGCUCACCGUCAGCCUUCCUUCUUCUUCUUCUGCUGCUGGAACCCACCAACCCUUCCCGGACGAUGCACCUACCUUCAAAGAGUUCUCAGACGAAAUCGACGUCAUGAGGUCCAUGGCGAGGCCGAGAAAGAUAUGGAUUACCGGGAGCGACGGAGGGGAAUACAUCAUGUUGAUUAAGCCUAAAGAUGACCUUCGCAAAGAUGCCCGUUUGAUGGACUUCGAUACAAUCAUCAACAGAUUGCUGAAGGCCAACGCUGAUGCUCGAAGGAGGAAGCUGUAUAUCAGGACAUACGCUGUAGUCCCGCUGAACGAAGAAUGUGGCUGUAUUGAAUGGGUACAGAACACCUCGCCUCUUCGGCCGAUCUUAUUCAAGUACUACGAGGCUCGAAGAAUCAAGACAUGGACAGCUGAACUGGAAGCACAGUGUAACAAGAUCAAAGACGCUCAAGCGGCUGAUGCAGGAAACAUCUUCGUUAAAAAGAUUCUCCCGAUGUUCCCCCCGGUGUUCCAUCAGUGGUUCAUUGAAACGUUCCCAGACCCUUCGGCUUGGUUGGAGAAUAGAACCAACUAUGCGCGGACUGCGGCUGUUAUGUCGAUUGUGGGAUGGAUUCUUGGGCUUGGUGAUCGACAUUGCGAAAAUAUCCUCCUGGACGUGAUUACGGGCGAUGCUGUCCAUAUCGAUUUCAAUUGUCUGUUCGAGAAGGGCAAAGUGCUUCUUACCCCUGAACGCGUACCAUUCCGCUUGACACAGAAUAUCGUGGAUGGACUUGGGGUCACUGGAGUUGAAGGGAUGUUCCGGAUAGCGUGCGAGCUGACUAUGGAUCUUCUGCGAAACAACAUGGAUUCGCUCAUGAGUGUACUCGAUGCGUUCAUUCAUGACCCGCUUGUUGAAUGGGAAGAUGAGAAGAGGAAGCAGGAAAACCGAAGUCGUCGCUCAGCACAGCAGGUUCCGGUGACGACUACGAAUAUAGCGAAGAAUGCUCUGAAUGAUAUCAAGAAGAAACUUGAGGGCCGGUUCACCCCGUAUACGGAUUCGCAGUUUGAGCAGCCUGAGAAGUUGCUCUCGACGAAGAAUUUGGUGGAAGCGUUGAUCAACGAGGCGUCUAAUCCAAUGAAUUUGUCAAAGAUGUACCCUGGAUGGGCGCCAUGGAACUAG